AUGACGGCUUUUGCGCGUGCAAAGGAGGAUAGGCUUACCCCGCCGGAAGUUUACAAUUGGCGGGUCUACGCCAUGGCACUUGUCAUCAGUAUGGGAGUCCUGACUUAUGGCUACGACUCAUCCUUCAUCGGAACCACGAUCACACAGAAGAGCUUCCUGCGCGACUUCGGUAUGGACAAGAUGAGCAAGAAGGAGUUGAACGAUGUUUCAAGUAAUUUAACGUCAAUCUACUCGGCUGGCGGUUUCUUCGGCGCCCUCUUCGCUUUCUUCUCGCUGGAAUCGCUCGGUCGUCGCAUGACCGUCAUCAUUUCGGAUGUCGUCUUCAUCAUUGGUGCUCUUUUCUGCACGAUCGGCACAGUACCAUCGCACUCUCUUGGCCUUAUCUACACAGGCCGCCUUUUGACCGGUCUCGGCGUAGGCGGAAUUGCAGCGGUGUGUCCAAUCUAUAUCGUCGAAAUUGCUCCACCAGCUAUCCGCGGCCGUUUAACAGGUUUCUUCGAAUCCUUCUACCAGACUGGCGCCGUGAUCGGUUUCUGGAUCAACUACGGCAUUGUCCAUAACCUGGAUACAAACGACUCCAACGCCUGGCGAAUCCCUAUGGCUGUCCAAUUAAUCCCAGCAGGACUCCUUGCGCUCAUGGUACCGAUCUUGAAAGAGAGCCCUACCUGGCUGCUCAAGCGUGGUCGCGAAGAGGAAGCAUAUCAGGUGUAUAGCUUCAUUCGCAUGCUGCCAACCGACCACGAGUAUAUUGCGGAAGACGUGUACCAUGUCAAGGAGGAUAUUUCAAAGGAGCGUGCAGCUCUGGCAGGCUUCGCCAAUGCUACGCUAGGUCAAGUGAUGAAGGGAGCGGCGAAGGAGGCUUCGCUGAAGGGCAUGCGGAAUCGCUUCCUACUCGUUUUUCUCAUGUUCAUGUGGCAGGCGUGGUCCGGCGCCGCUGCCAUCAACUACUACUCACCCACCAUCUUCACCUCAAUUGGCCUCACAGAUGUCACGCUCUGGACAGGGAUCUACGGUGUCAUAAAAGCUGCGGGAUCUAUUAUCUUCUUCACCUGGUUCAUCGAUAAUUUCGGACGAAAAUGGCCAUGGAUCGUGUCUUCUCUCGCCUGUGCCUUCUGCCAGUACUACCUCGCCGUGUACAUCGCAGUCGGACACCCGAAUACUGGCGUUUCACCGACAGCAUCAACGAUUGCAGGUGGAAAGGGUGCUACGGCCAUGAUCAUGGUCUUUGGAGCCUUCUGGAGCUGGGGGGCCAAUGGCCUCCCAUGGAUUAUCUCGGCUGAGAUCUUCCCGUCUUCAUUGAGGUCGAUAUCUGGACCGUUUGCUGCCAUGAGCGUUUGGCUGUGGACAUAUGCGGUCACAAGAGCGCUACCGAGCAUGUACACCUCUAUGGGAUGGGGGGUCUACGUGCUUUUCGCGACAUGCUUGGUUUGUGCAAGCAUUUACGCUUUUCUCUUCAUUCACGAGACGAAAGGUCUGCGCGUUGACCAGAUGGAUGAGCUCUUUGGCUUCGAGAGGGUGCAUCAUGUUAGUGCACCAACGGCCAAGACUUUCGAGGAUGAACAUGACAUGGAGACGAAGGCAGGAGUUGAUAAGAAUGAGGUAGCGUGA